GCGGAAUUUGAAACAUAUCUGCAUGAAUUCAUGUGAGAGAGCUGUGCUGCCAAGAAGCUUGCAGCAGACUUGUGCAUGACGGAUGUCCCCAGUGAGGCAAUUCCCGCACUGGUGGCUGGCGCGGUUGGAUUAGUGGCUGCUGCUGUUUUCGUGUUCAGUGGCGCGUCAUCACAGCCCACUACCUGGGACAAAGAGAAGGCUGCGGACGGGGCAGAGGAGCCACUUGCCAGAGAAACUCAGGAGUCGCAGGAUGAAGAUGCCUCAGGAGAGAAACAAGAGGAGACCUCGGAGGCUGCAAAAAGCACACCGGAGGCAAAGAAAGAUCAGCCGAAGCCAACUGAGAUCCUGAAGCCUCGCCCUGGUCGCUUGACACCCGAUCAAGAGGCUAAGUUCAGGCAAGGCCUGGCAAACCUACCGCCAGAGUCAAGAAAGGCAUUGGAAGAGUGGGUCAACAUGACAGACAAUAACGCUUGGGAGCUGCUGGGCUUAAACUGUUUGCUGCUGGUCUUUGUAGCAGGCCUCAUAACACUGGCUUUGGCGGCUGUGGUAGGCUAUUGGCAGGUCAACAUCUUCAGCAUUGAUGUAUGGCGUGAAGGCUUCGCAAAGCUGCAGAUUGCAAGCCAAACUGGGGCCUGGCCAAGGGCGCAGGCACGGGAAGUUGCCCAUGAGCUCUUUCAGGGCUCGGCAGAACUCUGAGUGGCACACGCGGCUUUGACAAAGUCGGCCCCACGGGGAGCCAUUUGGGAUCCAGAUGGCCACCAGAGCUGCAGAAGACAACCGCCAGAAAGUCUGCGCGGGUGUACUCACCACACGCAGUCAAAUUGAGUCGUUUGCCUAAAUCAAGAAACUCGCGACUUGACCGCCUUCAUGAUCCUGAAACGUUGUUG